CUGACCAACCCACCCCACAUGGAGGUGCACAUCCACCGUCCGUUCCAGCCUAAACAAACCCUAAAGUCCCGGAUCCGCCGUGCCACACUCUAUACGCGCUGCUGUAUUCCCCACCAACCACGUCCGAUCCCUCCGCUAGCCGAACCCGCCGUUCGGUGUUCGACAAUCCGCACCGGAUCAGCCUACCCGGCGAAUCGAAACAACCAGCAUCAGCAUGGAACCACCGCCAUGUGGGCCACCGCGCGGGGGAGACGCGGAUCCACCGGCCCCGCCCGAUCGGAUGGCCAGCACGCGCGCGAUUAUAGGCGUUGUGGUUACGCGCGGCGGCGGCGCAGCGGAGAUAAAAAGGCAUCCCCCAGGAAAGCAUCGCCCCCCUCUCACUCGCCUCGACGCGCCUCUGAAAGUUCGGAGCCGCCGGCCCGUCCGCCUCCCUCUCCGCCUCCCGUCCCCAAGGGUGAGUCUUGCGUCCCACCAGGCUUCUCUCCCGUCCUCUGUCCCCGAUUUAAGGCCCAUGCUCUCGUUCCUAUUUGUGGCGAUUGGUCCGGCAUGCGUGCUGUUUGUGGUAGAUAGAUCUGCUCUGCACGUCUGCGUUCGUCACGUAUAGGUUGGAUUGUUCGUGUGGUAGCCUCGGCCGUUGGUGCUCAUUCAGAUCGGUGCUUCCUGCGUCGGCCAAUAGUUUUCAAGUGGCAAUGGCGGACCAGGCUAACCAACCCACUGUCCUUCAUAAGCUCGGUGGCCAGUUCCACCUGCGCUCGAUCAUCUCUGAAGGUGUACGGGCCCGUAACAUAUGCCCAUCUGUCUCAUCUUAUGAAAGGAGAUUUGCCACAAGGAACUACAUGACCCAGAGCCUUUGGGGCCCUUCAAUGUCUGUUAGCGGUGGCAUCAAUGUCCCAGUGAUGCAGACCCCGCUCUGUGCUAAUGCUCCUGCUGAGAAAGGAGGCAAGAACUUCAUGAUUGAUUUCAUGAUGGGCGGUGUUUCAGCUGCUGUUUCAAAGACUGCUGCUGCUCCCAUCGAGCGUGUGAAGCUGCUUAUUCAGAACCAAGAUGAGAUGAUUAAGUCUGGUAGGCUAUCAGAGCCGUACAAGGGUAUUGUUGACUGCUUCAAACGUACCAUUAAGGAUGAAGGUUUCUCUUCCUUGUGGAGGGGUAACACUGCUAAUGUUAUUCGUUACUUCCCUACUCAGGCUUUGAACUUUGCAUUUAAGGACUACUUCAAGAGGUUGUUCAACUUCAAGAAGGAUAGGGAUGGCUAUUGGAAGUGGUUUGCUGGCAACCUGGCCUCUGGUGGUGCUGCUGGUGCUUCCUCUUUGUUUUUUGUGUACUCCCUGGACUACGCGAGAACAAGGUUGGCUAAUGACGCGAAGGCUGCCAAGGGAGGAGGUGAAAGGCAGUUCAAUGGGCUUGUCGAUGUCUACCGCAAGACACUCAAGUCUGAUGGUAUUGCUGGGCUUUACCGUGGAUUUAACAUCUCCUGUGUUGGAAUCAUUGUUUAUCGUGGUCUGUACUUUGGGCUCUAUGAUUCCAUCAAGCCAGUUGUCCUUACUGGCAACCUCCAGGACAAUUUCUUUGCCAGUUUCGCUCUGGGUUGGCUGAUCACUAAUGGUGCUGGUCUUGCAUCUUACCCCAUCGAUACCGUCCGCAGAAGGAUGAUGAUGACAUCUGGUGAGGCUGUCAAGUACAAGAGCUCCUUGGACGCGUUCCAGCAGAUUCUUAAGAAGGAAGGGCCCAAGUCCCUGUUCAAGGGUGCUGGUGCUAACAUUCUUCGUGCCAUUGCUGGUGCUGGUGUGCUUUCUGGCUAUGACCAGCUCCAGAUCCUCUUCUUCGGAAAGAAGUACGGCUCCGGCGGUGCUUAAAUGGAGAAAUAUGAUGACGAACAAGAGCAGUGUGUGUUCCCGGUCCUUUCCAAUCAGGAUCUGGUGAAGUUUUUGCCUUUCAUAUCGAAGAAAUUAAUAAUUCAUGUAGAGGGAGGAUUCUUCCAACAAUUUGUUUUGGAUGGAGACUUAGAUCUCCAAACACUCGUAACUAUCCUACUAGGUGGUGACAUCGGUCCCCAAAAACAUUUAUGGUCAUAGAGUCUGCCCUUCGUUUGUCAGUCGGGCAAUUUUUCUUGCAUACAAUGCCUUCGUUUAAGUAUCGGAUGAGUUGCUGCGACUAAUUAUUUGUUUGUCUUUACCUUUUGCAAUGCUUGAUUGUUGAUAGCAUUGUUUUUGUCACUGGAUUUCU